AUGAAUCGUCCAAAGCCUACAACUCUUAGGCGACCUAGUGCUGCAAAAACAUCAGGUCAUCCUCCACCAGGAGAUUUCAUUGCUCUGGGAACAAAGAACCAAGGAGGGGAGUCCAAAGCCCCUGCUGUCCUCUUGAAGCCAGCAUCCACAGGUUUACCUCCUGACCGGAAGCGAGAGAGUUCUUCUACCCUCCCUUCCUCAUCAGGUCUGUCCAGCCUUACCAAGAGGCCCAAACUCUCCACCACCCCUCCGGUCAGUGCCUUGGGUCGACUUGCUGAUGUUGCAGCUGUGGACAAGAGAGCAAUAUCACCCUCAAUAAAGGAGCCAUCAGUGAUACCCAUUGAAGUCCCACCAGCAGUGCUUUUGGAUGAGAUUGAGGCUGCAGAGUCAGAGGGAAAUGACGAUCGCAUUGAGGGACUGCUGUGCGGAGCAGUGAAACAGCUGAAAAUGAACCGAGCUAAACCUGAUAUUACGUUGUACCUUAGCCUUAUGUUCCUUGCCAAGAUCAAGCCCAACGUUUUUGCUACUGAAGGCAUUAUUGAGGCUUUGUGUAGCCUCCUACGGCGAGAUGCAUCUAUCAACUUUAAAGCAAAGGGCAACAGUCUUGUCUCUGUUCUUGCCUGCAACCUGCUGAUGGCAGCCUAUGAGGAGGAUGAGAACUGGCCAGAGAUCUUUGUCAAAGUUUACAUUGAGGACUCCUUGGGGGAACGAAUUUGGGUGGACAGUUCCCAUUGUAAGAAUUUUAUUGACAACAUUCAGACUGCAUUUGGUACAAAGAUGCCCCCAAAGAGCAUGCUGUUGCAGGUUGACUCUGGCCGCAUUGCUGGCGAUCACAGUGCAGGUAGCAGCCCUCAUCCUUCAACCCCAGAUGAAGAUGACAGUCAGACUGAAUUGCUGAUUGCAGAGGAGAAACUUAGUCCUGAGGAUGAAGGGCAGGUGAUGCCAAGGUACGAAGAACUGGCAGAAAGCGUGGAAGACUAUGUACUGGAUGUUUUAAAGGAUCAGUUCAACCGCAGGCAGCCAAUGGACAACGUUUCCCGAAACCUGUUGCGUCUCCUCACAGCCACGUGCGGCUACAAAGAGGCACGACUCAUGGCAGUGCAGAGGCUCGAAAUGUGGCUCCAAAACCCAAAGCUGACUCGACCGGCUCAAGACCUUCUUAUGUCUUUAUGUAUGAACUGCACCACCCACGGAGCGGAUGACAUGGAAGUGAUCUCCAACCUGAUCAAGAUCCGACUCAAACCGAAAGUCCUCCUGAAUCACUACAUGCUCUGUGUUCGAGAACUGCUGAAUGCUCACAGAGACAAUCUCGGCACUACGGUGAAGCUGGUGAUCUUCAAUGAGCUGUCCAAUGCCAGGAAUCCCAAUAACAUGCAAGUCCUCCACACAGUGCUGCAACACAGUCCAGAGCAAGCUCCAAAGUUUUUGGCCAUGGUGUUCCAGGACCUGCUAACCAAUAAGGAUGAUUACCUCCGUGCAUCUCGAGCUCUGCUGAGAGAGAUCAUCAAACAGACCAAGCACGAGAUAAACUUCCAGUCCUUUUGCUUUGGGUUGAUGCAGGAGAGGAAGGAGGCCAGCUAUGUAGACAUGGAGUUCAAAGAGCGUUUUGUCAUCCAGGUGACAGAUUUACUAACUGUUUCCAUGAUGCUGGGCAUCACCGCUCAGGUCAAAGAAGCUGGCAUUGCUUGGGAUAAGGGAGAGAAGAAGAAUCUCGAGGUCUUGCGGUCAUUUCAGAAUCAGAUCGCUGCCAUUCAGCGAGAUGCCGUGUGGUGGCUUCACACUGUGGUUCCCACCAUCAGCAAAGUUGGUGCAAAAGAUUAUGUCCACUGUCUUCACAAAGUACUUUUCACAGAGCAACCUGAGACCUAUUACAAGUGGGACAACUGGCCUCCUGAGAGUGACAGAAAUUUCUUUCUGCGCCUCUGCUCUGAGGUGCCUCUGUUGGAGGACACACUGAUGCGGAUUCUUGUGAUUGGGCUGUCACGUGAUUUGCCCCUGGGCCCAGCUGAUGCCAUGGAGCUUGCAGAUCACCUGGUUAAGAGAGCUGCUGGAGUUCAGUCUGAUGAUCUGGAGGUUUUGAGAGUGGAAAGGAUCCAACUCAUUGAUGCAGUGCUGAAUUUGUGUACAUAUCACCAUCCAGAAAACAUUCAGCUGCCUACAGGGUACCAACCACAUUUGGCGAUUUCCACACUGUAUUGGAAGGCAUGGCUUCUGUUGCUUGUGGUGGCUGCGUUUAAUCCGCAGAAAAUAGGAUUGGCUGCGUGGGAUGGCUAUCCUACACUGAAAAUGCUGAUGGAGAUGGUUAUGACAAACAACUACACCUACCCUCCCUGCACCAUUGCGAAUGAAGACACAAAGACUGAGAUGAUCAGUCGGGAACUGCAGAUUUCCCAAAGGGAGAAACAGGAGAUACUGGCCUUCGAGAGCCAUUUGGCAGCAGCUUCCACAAAACAGACCAUCACAGAAAGCAACAGCUUGUUGUUGUCUCAGCUGACCAGUCUGGACCCACAGGGUCCUCCUCGCAGACCUCCACCUCAGGUCCAGGAGCAGGUAAAAAGCCUCAACCAGUCUCUGCACUUGGGCCAUCUCCUCUGCCGCAGCCGCAACCCAGACUUUCUCCUCAACAUAAUUCAGAGACAGGCCUCUUCUCAGUCCAUGCCAUGGCUGGCUGAUUUAGUCCAGUCCAGUGAGGGGUCCUUGGAUGUACUUCCAGUGCAGUGCCUGUGUGAAUUCCUUUUGCAUGAUGCUGCAGAUGACAGUCUGCAGAUAGAUGACUAUGAUGAAGGCGAGAGCAAGGAGCUGAAGGCCAAGAAAAGACAAAGACAGCAAAAGCAAAAGCAGCUCCUUGGAAGGCUACAGGAUCUUCUUUUAGGUCCUAAAGCUGACGAGCAGACAACCUGUGAAGUCCUGGACUACUUCCUGCGUCGGCUCAGCUCUUCUCAGGUUGCAUCAAGAGUCCUAGCAAUAAAGGGUUUGUCAUUGGUGCUGACUGAAGGCGGCCUGAAGGAUGGAGAAGAGCGGGAUCAGCCCAUGGAAGAAGACUCUACAGAUGCUGAGCUCCUGCCAGCGUACCAGUGGCUGUUGCAAGACCUUCCAAAGCUACCCUUGUUCGACAGUGUCAGGGGAAUGACUUCUACUGCUCUGCAGCAGGCCAUUCACAUGGAGACCGAUCCACAGACGAUCAGUGCCUAUCUCAUUUACCUAUCCCAGCAUGCACCAGUGGAAGAGCAGGCCUCUCACAAUGAUUUGGCUCUGGAUGUUGCCCGGUUAAUCGUUGAGCGUUCCACCAUCAUGAACAGCCUGUUUGCCAAACAUUCCUGCAGACCCGAGUCAGAUGCUGUCCUCUGUGCUUUUCUCACCAUCUUUUCUACUUACAUCAGGAGGAUGAGGAAAACCAAGGAGGGAGAGGACCUCUACAGCUGGUCAGAAUCUCAGGACCAGGUGUUUUUGCGUUGGAUUACAGGAGAAACAGCUACAAUGCACAUCCUUGUAGUCCAUGCCAUGGUUAUCCUACUGACGCUGGGGCCACCCAAGGGAGAGAGUGAUUUCUUCACACUUCUGGACAUUUGGUUUCCUGACAUGAAACCUCUGCCCACUGCGUUUUUGGUUGACACAUCAGAGGAGGCUCUGCUGUUGCCUGAUUGGUUGAAAUUGAGGAUGAUAAGAUCAGAGGUUUCUCGACUGGUAGAUGCAGCUUUGCAAGACUUGGAACCUCAGCAGCUUCUUUUGUUUGUGCAGUCCUUUGGUAUUCCUGUGUCUAGCAUGAGUAAAUUGCUGCAGUAUCUGGAUCAGGCUGUUUCCCAUGAUCCACAGACACUGGAACAAAACAUCAUGGACAAGCAUUACAUGGCUCACUUGGUUGAGGUGCAGCAUGAGCGAGGCGCCACUGGAGGGCACACUUUCCAUGCAUUACUUAGCUCCUCUUUGCCUCCACGCAGGGAUACUACUGAUGUCAGUAAUGCCAAAGUUACAGUGGAAACCCCCCAUAGCUCUUUAAGGAUGAGAGCAGCCAAUCAAAUUCCUGCAAUUGGACCAGAAGAUGAUCUUACUGGACUGAUGCUUCAGAUAUUCCCUUUAAAGUUGGAUCCUCGCCGGGCAGGCCCACCUCCCAGCCAGUUGUCCAUGGCCUUGCAGCAGGCCCUGGCUAAAGAACUGAUGCGAGCCAAACAGGGUAGCAUUCAGCAGGGUGGGUUGGCAUAUCGCCUCUUACAGGCCAUAGCAGCUCUCCUCACCUCGACCCACGCAGGGCCUGUUGUCAUGUCAAUGCACCGCAGUCAUGCUUUGUCCUGUCCUCUCAUGAGACAACUUCACCUCUACCAGCGUCUCGUGUCCCAGGACAUCGCUUUCUCGUCAUUGUUCCUCAAGGUCAUUGUUGAGGUGCUAAUUUGGUUAGAUAACCCGACUGUGGAGGCAGGACCACUAAAGACACUUCUGAAAUCCUACGCUGGCCAGAACUCUCAUAAACACAGGCUCACUGACAUACAUUCCGGUUUCCUCCACAUGGCUGAGGCUCUGGCAUACUGCAGAGACACUGAAGUGCCAGUAAGAACCGUUAUUGCAAUGCUGAAGGCUGGGGAGAGAUGUAACGCAGAUGCUGAGCUCAUUGGAAAAGUGUUACAGGGACUGAUAGAGGUGAAGUCACCGUAUUUGGAGGAACUGCUGUCUCUGUUGAUGACUGUUGGUACACAAAAUGGUUCGGCUGGCCCUGUUACCAUGGUGAUUUCCCUCUUGCUUAAGGAAAGUGAAGAGCGACCUGUCAAAAAGGAAACAGAUUCAAACAACAGCUCUGAAGUGACAAAGUCAGGACUCAGCUCUGGUUUGCUUGUUGAUUGGCUGGAACAUCUUGACCCGGAGGUUACUUCAGUGUGCCCAGACCUUCAACGGAAACUGCUGUUUGCUCUGAAUAAGGCACGAAGCACCCCAGCCUACAGACCUUAUCUCUUAGCCCUGCUUACCCAUCAGUCGAACUGGUCCAUCCUCCUGCAGUGUAUCAGUGCUCUUCUCAACAAGCGCAGAGACCACAAAUUAGAUCCAUCUUUAGCCUUGGAUUUCCUUUGGGCUUGUAGCCACAUCCCUCGUAUCUGGCAGGGUCGUGACCAGAAGAUGCCUCAAAAGAAAACUGAAAAGCUUGUGCUGCGGCUAAAUUCGGAAGAGCUGAUCAGCUUGGUGGAUCUGAUCUUGGCAGAGUCGGACCUCAGCAGUCAUGACACGUCCCACGAUGACAAAAGCUCUAUGUACCAAGCCUCCUGUUUACUCAUCCAGUCACGGCUGCCUCUCCUUCACUCCUACUGCAGUGGAGAUCUAGAAAGCAUCAAGAAAGUCUCAGAGUACCUCAUCAGUUGCACAAAGAAAUGGGAGGACAAUGCUAUGCGCGAGCGAUGCCAGAACCUGCUGCUUCAGAUCUAUUUGCACUUCCCCGAGGUCAUCCAGCACAUCACACUGCCCGACGGCACCUUCAGCAGUGGGGGGGCUGCAGACGGCAGCAGCUGCAAGCUUGACGUCUUGGUCCAUCGCCUGGUCACACUGCUUGCUGAUGUCGGAGAUUCAAAGUCAGCCGAAAGCCGCGCAUCUGAUGCUAACCUCGCCUGUAGGAAGCUGGCUGUGUCACACCCCGUCCUUCUGCUCAGACACCUGCCUAUGAUCUCUGGUCUCCUACAUGGCCGCAUUCACUUAAACUCACAUGAGUUCCAGCAGCAGAACCACCUCACUUUCUUCACAAACGUGCUUGCCAUCCUGGAGCUGCUGCAGCCGCUUGUUUUCCACAGUAACCACCAGAGGGCGCUUCAAGAUUGCCUUUUGUCCUUCAUGAAGGUUCUUCAGAACAUUCAAAGGAGUCGUUCUCUGUUGGUCUUCAUCAAUAAGUUUCUACAGUUCACACAGAAGUACAUCACUCACGAUGCAGCAGCAGCAAUCCCUUAUCUACAGAAGCACUCUGACAUCUUACAGGGCCUGUGCUCGGAAAACCCAGACCUGGUCCAGCUCAAAUCUUUGCUGGCUGGACUCACAUUGCCAGUUAAGAACUCUUCUGCAGAAAUGGCUGCUGACGACAGAGACGAGGAUUUGCCGGCUGGUUCACUGCCCCUCGUCAACAUAUCGGCCUCCGUUUCACUGACGGCAGCCGACAUGACAAUGUACUUGAAAAAGAUGUCAAGAGGAGGAGCGGUUGAAGAUGUGCUGGAAGUGUUGACAGAAGUGGAUGAGAAGUCGAGGAGGAGCCCAGAGAUCAUCCAGUACUUCAUUAACGAUCUGCAGAGGAUGAUGGCUUCCUCCGAAGAGCUGUUUCGGAACAUGGCCUUCAGCCUGGCGCUGCGCUGUAUCCAGAACAAUCCCUGCCUGGCAACAGACUUCUUGCCUACUUUCAUGUACUGCAUGGGCAUUGGCAACUUUGACGUGGUCCAGACGGCUCUCAGGAAUCUUCCAGAAUACGUGCUUCUCUGUCAAGAACAUGCAGACAUUUUGCUUCACAAGGCGUUUUUAGUGGGUAUCUAUGGACAAUUUGACACCAGUUCGGUGAUCUCAGAAUCUAUGAAGGCUCUUCACAUGGAAGCAACAACUUAACAACUAAGCAGACAACAUAGAUUUUUUUUUUUUUUUUUUUUUUUAAUGUUCCCAGCAUUCCAGAGCUCGAUUGGUCAGUGCUUCAGAGUAAAGAAUCUCCUGUGAUGACGUUGCAUGCUUCUGGAUAAUUGUGCAGCUUAAAAAAAGUCUCAAAAUGUCCUCUAUAUCAGCUGAAAAUACAACAUUUAAAGCAGUGCAAUUGUUGAUUUGAUAAUACGUUAUAGUUGCUGCUUCUAUAAUUCAUGUAAAUACAACUUUUUCAUGUAAUGAAAAAGUGAUAACACAACACAGUUAGAUUCCCAUAGCACAUUUAUUUAAAUAUCACUCAACGUAUUUUUAAAAUGUUGCGUUUUCAGCUAUUUUAGUGAUUUUUUUUUUUUUUUUUUCCCCUUUUCCCUGCUAUCUUUUGAAUACCUUGGGCAACAGGUUACGCUGUUUCAUUCCGUUAGGUUUGGUAUUUGGGGAAAAUGGUUUUGGCAUCAUAGUUUUAAUAGUUUAAGUAUGAAAUGGCAACAGCUUUAUAGUGCAUUUGUAAUGGGUGUUAAUAAAUAUCUAUGGAUGAACACGUUUAAGGCGUUACAUUACAACAUGUUGGCUGUCCUAAUGACCGUUGGGCUGUCAUUUAUCUCUUAGAUCAGCAUAAUGGUUAUCAAAUACUAUUAUCAUUGGGAAUUGCCUCAGAUUAAUCAAUUGGCAGUUAAACCCUGAAAAUAUUUUCAUUUUUUAAACAUUAAGACUAAGAAGCUAAAACAGCAACUAUUACGCAAAUACAACCUUAACUAUGUUAUAGUACCUUUUGAAACUAAAGUCGCAUUGGUUUAAAGGGGCUGCUCCUAAUGGAUAAGUGCAAAAAUAAGCUCCAAAAUCCCAGUUUUCUUCUCAACGGCAUUGUUUUUGUUUUUGAUGUGAAUUAACAAAAAUGUCUUAUGUGGCUAGAAUUGUCCCUUUGGCAGGCUGUUCUUCUCUUGGCAAAAGUUUCACCUUUUAAAAUGCACAGUGUUUUAUUAGCUGAACACCAUCUGUGAGUUAUGUUGGUGAGUGAAUAAAACAGCUUUUGGAAGUUGA